CAUUGUCGGAUGCCAUGAAGAUACUUUGAUAUCAGUCGCUUCGUGAUGCCGGUUGUCUAUACCACCAUAAAAACUGACAGCGACGAUCAAUUUCGAUACAUUCUUAAGAGUUUAAAGCUUGGUCUUCAACUCGUCUGGACAUUUUCGCCAUCUUUUUCUCUCUUCCCGUCUCACAGUCUCAACAUUGUUUCAGGAAAGCUUUUUUGAGCAGCGCGUGUGUCGAAUGAUAUUGGAGAGACAAUAGAUGGUGUGGCGCGGAAAUAAUUACACCGUGAAAGCGCGAGAUGCCUGAAUACGGAAUGAUAAUCAUAUUCGCCAAGGGAGGAGAAAUUGCUUUCUUGUCUCGAGGAUGUUAUCUCAUAUGAAAAACAGGCGCUGACAUAAAGUAUACACUUCCCGUCUUCAUUCUUCUGGAUGGAAACUAGUCUGAUACUCAUUUGAUAUGCGUAAGAUAGUAAGGAUGUGUUUGCCAACUGCUCAAAACAAUAUUCUUGAUAUUCUAUGAGGAUUCGCAUGAAAGGACAAUACUGAAGCUUUAUAAAACAAUGAUGAACUAAGAUAAUUCAUGUUUUCUCUUCGUAUGACUGAAAAUGGAGAUAACAUUCUUUUCAUCUCCUUGUUUCCUCAGGCAAAUUACAUCCUACAUGGAAUGAUACUAUAGUGUGUGUUUUUCUACUACUAAAACUGACAACGUUUAGAACUCGCUGUUUUUUGUUCUUGUCUUGCACACCAAGGAUAUUGCCAUAAAGGAUAUUCAACUUAUAGGGAGCAAUUUCUAUGGAGCAAGAAUUGUGUGUGACUAAUGACAUUUUGAAUCAAGUCUGAGAAUUAAUUUCUCUAGAACAAAUAAAACGCGAUUACUGAACAUUAAAAAAAUUAUCAUGUCGAGUCAUGGUGAUGGUGGUUCGCCGACCAUGUCCUCUAUUUUCCGUCGCAUACCAUCGGUUCGCGAGAGAGCUCGUCGAGGGAGUCUUGGUCAGAUUUCGGGUGGAGCUGCCAUUCAUGAUGCCGUAGCCAAGGGCAAGAUCCAUCUUGCCAAGUUCAUUCUCGAUGCUGUCGAGGGUCAGGCGGUGGUCAACUCGCGGGACUCGCAUGGGAAAACCCCUCUGAUCAGAGCUAUGAAAAUCGACGACGGUCAGACUCGAUUAAAGGUCGUCCAGCUUUUGCUUCAACAUGGAGCCAAUGUAAAUCACCGGGAUAAUAUGGGUCGGACUGCACUCAGCUAUGCUGCCGAAUUUCAGUAUAAGGAUGUUAUCAAGAUUCUGGUAAAGAACAACGUGGAUCCGAACAUAGUAGACAACAAUGGCAAUACUCCUUUGAUUUACUGCAGCAUGGUCGGGAAUGCGACGGGGAUACUGAUUCUGACAAGAUCGUUUCGAAGAUUAGGCUUAGACGUGGAUAAACUGAAUGGAGAAGGGAUGAGUGCGUUAAUGUUGGCCGCGAAAAAUGGUGAUAUGGAAUGUGUGAAGCUUCUCACCCACGAGGGUAAGGCCUCCUUAGAUCAAAGGGACCAGUUUCAGAACAUGACUGCCGCAGAAUGGGCUCGCGAGGGAGGAUGUUCCACGCCAGAAAUGGAGGCAUUUUUGCCGAAAAUUCGUCGCCAGUCGAAACCGACAGAUACUAGCCCAACGAAACAAGACUGCGAUCCCCGGUCGAACUUGAAAAAGAACGAAAGUAUAGAAUCAAGCUGUUCAAGUAAUGAUGGAUACAGCCCUCGUGCCAAUGAUAGCAAGGAAAGCUCAAGCGAAGAACUAUCCCCAAGACAAAAUUACCUGAAGGGAACAAUAGCCGUACCUACACCACCCUCAUACCGGAAGAACCCUCAGCUACAUAUGGACGCGUUGUCGCGACGUUUUCACGCCCUACAUCCGGUCAAAAACAUCCAUGAUAUCCCAGGUGUAAGAAAACAAAUUAUCGAAAUGAAACGAGCAAGUUUACCAGAAGUUACAAACCCGGACUCACUAGGAUAUCAUUGUGAAGAAGAAACCGUCAACCUCAACCAGGAUUCAGACAACCGGUCAGGGUCGAACACUAUCUUCAUAAAACGGACAAAACCUUCUGUACCACGCCGCCCAUUAUCUGCCAUUAACCGCAACUCGAAUCAGAGACAGUCGAAGAGCUUCGAUGGCUGUACGUAUGAAAGAAGCUCAAAUUCCGACGAGGACGUAAGCGUACAGAAGAAGAUGGGACAAUCUUUGUCAAAUCUGUACCUUGAAAAUCCCCACUCCAAGAACUUGCUCAACUUGUCCUUCUUGAGUCGGAGCACCGAAGCGCUUUCCCCGAUGUGCUCUUCGCCCGACACUGCUUCUAUGCGACAAAGCGUGAACAGUACCACCCAUAUUAAUGUGGACAUUGACAAUUACAAGUCACCCCAAAUAGAACACAUGUUGAGGGUUGAUUUACACGGCCAAGGUGAUCAGACACCGCGCCUUCCUCCUCUUUCCCCAAAGCGUGUUGUGACUGGACAAUAGAUUAGAGCUGUCACUUUCGUUAUAUAAUAAUUAUCAUCAUAUCUGUGAAUGUCAUGACGGAUUUCGUUUUUCAAUGUUUUUUUUAAAUAUUAUUUUUAUUUACUGUAUUAUAUCAUCAAACAGAAGUCAAUUAGAAAUAUGAGGCUAAUUAGUGUAUUGUUAGUAAGGUGCCACAGAACCAGGAUUGGCGGGAGGGGGUAACCCCCACACUUUAUCCUCAUUAAAAGUACACCAAAACGUAAAAGUUAUUAUCACAUUCUGAUUUUAUAUCUGUUCAGCCCCCCCCCCCCCUCCCUCCCAUUUUCGAAAUCGUUGGGCGGACCCUGGUUUUAAAUUUGUAUGAACUUUUUGCCUGGAAAGUCUUCCUCGUAUCUUUAUUUUAUAACGUUGGAUUGCUUGGAAUACUCGUGAUGAAGAACGUGUUGUAUCCAUAUUUCCAUACAAUUCCUCUAUACUCAUCUAAAUGGUGAAUGGUUAUUUUAGUGCAAUAUGUAAGAUAUAUCUUACCAACUUAUCGCAUUGACAGAUAUAGUGAUAUAAUGAUUUGCAGGCCAAAUCCUCUUUAUUUUGUACUUUUAUAAUGAAAUUGGGUGUUUAGGUAAUUGAUUUUGUAUUUGGUGAAGUGGUUGUUGAAAGUGGUGACAAGUUGUCUAUUUUUCUUCCCAGCUGAAUGAAAGUUAAGGUGCUCGGAUCUAGAUUCACGAUGCUUUGAUUAGAAAUAUUAUACGGUUGAGUAUCUUUUAAAUAAACUCCUCUAAAGUAAAUGUACAUCAGUGCAUUGCUAACACUAACUUUUUCUAUUUAUACAAUGCACAAAUGAUGAAAAAAAUUCUCUGUGUUUGGUAAAAUACGUCAGUAUUCUACAUUUAUUUCAUGAUGAGGUACAUCCUUUUUCCAUGCCUAACAUUAAUAUUGAACGUAAAUACGUAUACACACGUAUGAUUUGAAUGCAUUCGAAAGAAUUUGGAGACAGUGAAGAGAUUGUAAAAAGGGGAUUAUUUUUUUAAUAUUUCAAACACGGAAUUAUUGAGCUGUGUCAGUAAAACAAGAAGUAUAUUUUUUUGCAAAAUCCAACCUAGGCCCAAACUCCCCCUAUUGCCAGGCGGCACAUAGACAUAUAAUCACUGAGUGCAGCGCAGUGUGAUUUUUAUUGACAACAGCAGUGUUUCUGGUCAGAAUGGUCAAACCUAAAUUUAUGGUAUUUAUUUGAAGAGUAUGUUUUGUAAUGUACUGUAGAAAUGGAUCUACCGAUCAACACAUGCAUCAUGUUAAUGUGCUGUUUCUAUAAGACAUAUAUUGGUUAUAUUUUGGAUAUCACUGUCAUGUGUUUUUCUUCCUAAAGAACAACAAAAAAGUUCUCUUACUUUGAUACAAGUCUGUUAAAACUCAGUUACACAAAAUCACACAUACACACCCACACACCGACAGUUACUUGCAUUGAUAUUGAAACGGACGUGCUUAAUCAUUGAUUUUAAUAUUUUGAGAUAAUUUGGAGACAGAGCAUUCAGAAUUGAGUUGGCCUACUCCCAAUCAAAUGAAUUGCUUUUUUAAUGCUUUUAUGAUAGUGCUCGAUUCAUUAGUCAAUUCUGGACAGAAGUUUCAAUAUUUCCUAUGUUUAAUUAAUGACUGAGGAUAUAAAAUAUGAAGUGAAAAUUUUAGCACUAGACCGGUCGUUUUGUUCAUGGGAAUAAAUGGCAAAAGCCGUCAACAUGCAAGCCAUUCGAUCAGGAACAACAGUACCAAAAUAUUUUUUCAGCCAUAUUGACAAUAUCUUUCAGAAAAAAUCCUUCCUUCUUUUCUCUGCCAUAUUUUUUUGUCAUGGUCAUUAAAUGAAAGACUCUUUCAAAAUUACUACAUUAACACACUAUCACAUUGUUCCCCCUCUGAUGAAAAUUGUUUACCAUUAUUUAAUGAUACGAAGUUGAACCCGAUUGUAUUUAUUAGUAAGGUAUGCGUCCUUUGUGUGACAUGCACUUUGUUUAUGUAAUAUUUCAAUUUUUGACAUUCAUCUGAUUAUCAAUGUUGUAAUACGACUCUGUGAGUUGUUGUAAAGCAAGAAUGACCAUAACUGCAAACUAGUAUCCCUUUAUGGACACAAUAAAUGAAUGAAUGUAAUACUGAA